AUGUCUUUAACCACUGUAGCAUACAAGAAAGCUAAGGCGGAAGCUGAGGCAGAAGCUGAGGCAGAAGUUAAUACAGGAACUAAAAAAAAAGAGAAGUAUUAUUGGAGAAACAUUUUUACGAAGAGAGCACGACAUUCUAAUGUAGGAACGACAACAUCUAUCACACCGAGUAGACCACAAUCAUCAAGAAUCGCAAGACCAAUAUCAUCAUCUGCAAGAGGUAGAACUGCUUUAAGGACUGGAACUACUUCGAAAAUACCUCAAGCAAUUCCUUCUCCUAAUAGAUCACGUUCAACAACACCUGCCAUAUCAAGGUCACCUUCUUCUAGUUCUAGACCCACGACGCCCUCAUUCUCUCAAAGUGCCGAAACAAUUAAUGUUUUUAUUAAUUACAUUGAGCCGGACUACCAAGAGUGA